AUGAGCUUCCAGUUCCUACGGGAUCGCCACAACGGGAGCAGCAAUGGGAAUCCGCGAGUCCCCCACCUCUCCUCCGCCGGGCAGCACCUCUACAGCCCCGCGCCACCCCUCUCCCACACUGGAGUCGCCGAGUAUCAGCCGCCACCCUACUUUCCCCCUCCCUACCAGCAGCUGGCCUACUCCCAGUCGGCCGACCCCUACUCGCAUCUGGGGGAAGCGUACGCCGCCGCCAUCAACCCCCUGCACCAGCCGGCGCCCACAGGCAGCCAGCAGCAGGCCUGGCCCGGCCGCCAGAGCCAGGAGGGAGCGGGGCUGCCCUCGCACCACGGGCGCCCGGCCGGCCUGCUGCCCCACCUCUCCGGGCUGGAGGCGGGCGCGGUGAGCGCCGGCAGGGAUGCCCACCGCCGCUCCGACCUGCUGCUGCCACACGCACACGCCCUGGAUGCCGCGGGCCUGGCCGAGAACCUGGGGCUCCACGACAUGCCUCACUAGAUGGACGAGGUGCAGAAUGUCGACGACCAGCACCUGUUGCUGCACGAUCAGACAGUCAUUCGCAAAGGUCCCAUUUCCAUGACCAAGAACUCUCUGAACCUCCCCUGUCAGAAGGAGCUGGUGGGGGCCGUAAUGAACCCCACUGAGGUCUUCCGCUCAGUCCCUGGAAGAUUGUCGCUCCUCAGCUCUACGUCUAAAUACAAAGUGACAGUGGCUGAAGUACAGAGGCGACUGUCCCCACCUGAAUGCUUAAAUGCCUCGUUACUGGGAGGUGUUCUGAGAAGAGCCAAAUCGAAAAAUGGAGGCCGGUCCUUGCGGGAGAAGUUGGACAAGGUUGGGUUGAAUCUUCCGGCUGGGAGACGGAAAGCCGCUCAUGUGACUCUCCUGACAUCCUUAGUAGAAGGUGAAGCUGUUCAUUUGGCUAGGGACUUUGCCUAUAUCUGUGAAGCCGAAUUUCCUGGUAAACCAGUGGCAGAAUACUUAACCAGACCUCAUCUUGGAGGACGAAAUGAGAUGGCAGCUAGGAAGAACAUGCUAUUGGCGGCCCAGCAACUGUGUAAAGAAUUCACAGAACUUCUCAGCCAAGACCGGACACCCCAUGGGACCAGCAGGCUCGCCCCAGUCUUGGAGACGAACAUACAGAACUGCUUGUCUCAUUUCAGCCUGAUUACCCACGGGUUUGGCAGCCAGGCCAUCUGUGCCGCGGUGUCUGCCCUGCAGAACUACAUCAAAGAAGCCCUGAUUGUCAUAGACAAAUCCUACAUGAACCCUGGAGACCAGAGUCCAGCUGAUUCUAACAAAACCCUGGAGAAAAUGGAGAAGCACAGGAAAUAAAAUUGGGACGAAGAAAGGUUCGGAGAGUAGGGAAGGAACAGGACUGCAAAAAUCCUUCUCCACCGCACAGACUGGGAACCCCUCCUGGCCUGGGGGAAGAGUUUGUUACCUACCUUACUAUUUAAAGGGCCUUCACUGGUUCUGCAUCACCCGCCCCUGGAUUCCUUAGUUGUUUCUCUAGCGCUGAGCUAUCUCCUAACUUUGGACCUAUUAUCAGAAGGUGACAAGUACUGGCUCUUUAUUCAUUAAGCUUUUUUUUUUUUUGAACCCCAUUCUUUCCUUCUCUGAAAGUGUUGCUACAAGUUUUAGAAUCUUUUAAAUACAUUCCCUGGGCCAACAGA